AUGUCUACGCCUGACCUUGGCCUUUACGUGCCUACUGAUGACCCUCUGUACUCUACACGAGACAAAGUGAUUACACGAAGCCAUGUGAUCGGUCGCAUGCUGGUCCAAGACAUCCUUCAGUACGGCUUUAUCCCUCCGAACUUUCGCAUCACACGUCGCAUGCCCAGCGGGGCUGCCGACACCCUCGGCCAUAGGGUCUACUACACCGACGUGCUGAGCAGCACGGUAUUGACUGCCCAUCCUCUCUCACCGAAUGGAGCCCGAGUUCACCCCAAGCUAGCGAAGGAGUUCGUGGAUACUCGAGAGGACAUUGUGUCCCUCUUUCAGCCUCCAGUUCCUCAAUAUCAGGCGGGGAACUUCAAGUUCCAGGUACAUGACGACUGGGAAUCGGCGCUUGCUGCCAGUCUCGCAAGUUUUGGUAGAGAGAAUAUCACAAAAGAUGUAGUCACCGAUGUCUGCCAGACGAUAAAGGACGAUAGUUGGCCCGUGUACCAUGAUCUCUACCAUCCGAGUGAUCGAGACACUGCCGUAUUCCAGAACGAGCCAGAAUGUGCCGCCGUUGCAGAAUGGUUCAAGCGUAGCUUGGUAAUUCUGUGUCCGUAUACGCCUGCAGAUGGUACUGGAUGGGAUCGUAUCUAUGGCGAAAAGAAUCGUCCUCCAGUUCGUUUCAGGUGGAGCACCGGUCCUCAAGCUCUUCGUAAGAUGACAUUUCUUGUGUGCAUACCUGCAUGGGGAGAGAGCGUGACCAAGAAGGCACAUUGGCUGACUCUUGAACCCACGGACGCGUAUGCCGCUACUUGGGACAACUUGCAUAAGAGUCGAAAUCUUAUCGAGUUGUCCGAUGAUUGGAAGUUUCCCCAGUCGCUACACUCCGUAUAUUGGAAGUUUGCAUGGGUUCUGGUCGCAGCGCACCGCACUGUGGUCCAUGAUCGCUUGCCUAAGGACCACGAUCUCGGCAACUGGAUCUACCAGUAUGGUCAACAUAUGCUGAAAUGCAAAAACGACCGCAAGCUAUCACCGUUCAACUAUAAGCCUAAUCAGGCGUACAGCGGACCGAAAGUGGGGUUUCAGGAGCUGGGAUGUUGGAUUUUCCGCAACAAUGUGUGCUUGCGUUACGUCAAGUUAUGGGAAGCAGCAGAUGAGGCACACAUGAAGUAUUUGAUGGAUCGAACCGACGCUCACUGGAGUGACUACAAAGCCAAGAAUGCGAAGCUCUGUGAGAUUCUUGAAGUUGAGGAUGAUGGCAUGGAAACGACUGACUCGACGGACGACGAGUAG